AUGGAGUGGUUAACGAGCGCCGAGGGCCUGAAUGCCCGUCAGGAGCUGGAGGCGUCCGUUCGUGAGCACCACCCAAACUUGCGUGAUGAGGAGGUCGACCUCAUUGUGGACGGUCGUCUACUACGCAUGGUUCGGGAGCGCGCGGCGGAGCAAGCACUUGCGAGCGGCCAGCAAGGAGGAACCGGUGAAGGAGGAGCUGCGCACGAGGCUCCUGGUGCUGUGGGCAUUGAUGGAGGAGCUGUUGUACCGACCAUUGAUACGGGAAUGAUCGGCACGAGCUAUGGCCAAUUCAAGUUUGGAGUUGAGCACAUCUCCGUGACGCCGCUGCUGGAGGGAAGGCACGACCUUACUGCGUGGGUCAGCGCCGUCCGACCUCAGCUCCAGUGCGCUGAUUUGUGGCAGUUUUGCAACGGGACAGCACCAAGCCCGGCCCCGAACAACCCUUUGCAACGAAGGGAGUACGCAAAGGGCCAAAUGCUUGCAUUCAUGGUGCUGAACCGAUGUGUUUCUCCACCCAUCCGAAUGUCUAUCUCUGGUUUCUCUCAGCAAGAGAAAGCCGGGCAGCUAGCAUGGGCAUAUAUCUUGUCUACUUAUCAAGCUCGUGAUGCCCUCCACGCUUCCCUACUUCAGACCCAGUUAGCCCAACUCAGGAAGAGAGAUGAUGAGACGGCGGAAUCCUACUGCAAUUGGGCCCGCACCAUCCGAGCGGAGCUGCUGACCAUCGGACAGGAGGUCCACAUGGCCACGUUUGCCGUUCACGUGCUGAAGGGUCUGCCACCGGAGUACGGAUUUCUUCGCCGCAAGCUCGACAUUUCCAGCCCUGACAUGACGGUGGAACGCGUGUGCAGCGAGGUGUUGAUGGAGGAGCAGACUCUCUCCAUCGAACAGAGCUACAAGCAGAUCACCAGUGAUGCAUCGGCUUCCUCUGGCGCUGUCAACACGAUGGUGGCUACAACGGGGGUCAACGGGAAGGAAGGGAAAGGAGGAAGGGAGCAGAUGGACAAGAAAAAGGGUGGCAAGUGGGAGAAGAAGCGAGCCCCCUUCAAGGGGCGCUGUUACAACUGCAACGAGGAGGGGCACAUGGCUGCCAAGUGCUCCAACAAGAAGAAGGAUGCAACGCCCGCGGCAGCCGCGAACGUUGCUGAAGGAGACGGGAAGGGCGUGGCGCUCACCGUCGCGUGUUCGGCUGCAAAGUUGUUGGCCGACGACAAGGACUUGUGGUUCCUUGACUCAGGAUGCUCCCAACACAUGACCGGCCGCAAGGAGUGGUUCACGGUGAUCUGUGACCCAUCUGCAACGAAAUCCGUCAAAGGGUUUGAUGGUUCUAUGCAGGAAGUCGCCGGUGUUGGUGAGGUUUUGCUGGAGGGCACUAACGGCUUGCGUGUGACCCUGCAUGACGUCCUCUUUGUGCCAGGAAUGAAGGCCAACUUGGUCUCCCCUGGACAGCUCACGGACAAAGGAGCACAUCUGCAAACCGAAGAAGGUGUCACCCGCCAGAAUCCGCCGCCACCACGUACCGUCAUCGUGGUCCUGGUACCGUCCGUGCAAGGGGGCGGGCAACCCCUUGAUCUCUCGGUGGGCCCUUUGGGCAGCAAGGCACCUACUGCACCUCCUCCACUCGGUCCACCCUCCGUUGCUGAUUCGGCGCCUGUGGGACCAGAGGAUGGUCCUCUGGAGGUUGGCACCAGCAUGGCUGAUCACGAGGAGGGAGAAGGAGAAGUAGCAGUGGAUGAGCAGUCACCAAUGGCCCAUGAGCAUGAGCCUUCACCUGCAGUUCCCCCCAUCCAGCCCAUUCCACCACCCCCACGUCGCUCCAGCAGGCCCAAGAAGGGGGUGCCACCCGUACGGUUUCAGCCAUCAGCCAUGACGGCCCUGGAUGCGGACGAUGAGGACAACCCGUACGACGUGGCGUACCUUGCUGAGGACGAUUGCGACACGGACAGCGAUGACGAAGUGGAGUACCCGGACGAGGAUGAGGAGGAGGAAGGCGCUUGGGGAGUCGAGCAGGAACCGCGGGCUGAGCGGACGCGGGAGGAGAGUGACGAGGAGGAUGAGCAGGAGUACGGCGACGAGCCGGCGUACGAUGACAGCCAAGGGUACGGCGGCGGGCGGGCGCACGGCGACGAGCCGGAGUACGGCGACGAGCAGGAAUGCAACGAUGAGCCAGAGUACGGCGGCGAGCAGGAACACGGCGACGAGCCGGAGUACGGCGGCGAGCAGGAGCACGGUGACGAGCAGGAAGACGGCGACCCUCAGCCGGAAGGCGACGAUCUAGCGCCAGCGGGGCCCCACGUACCAAGCGGAGCCGUGGAGGGAGAGCGCGCGCCCAGCGCGGAACACACCGACACCGCAGCAGCAGCAGAAGAAGAAGAGGGAGAGGCGCGAGAGGAGGGGGCACGUGCCGCGGACUCCGAGCGUCUAGAAAGGCGAUACGCCCCCGACGCGCUGCAGCAAGAAGUCCGGACUCGCGAGGGAGGGGCCCGGACGAUGCAGUCACGGGGAACGCGCGGACGAAGCGGUGCAGAGGACAGGCGCACGACAGGAAUUCCGCGUCGGCGAGCGGAGACGAGGGACGGAAGCUCGCGCGCGCCCAGAGAACCGCCGCCGAGGGCCGAUCGGUACGGAGGCGCGGCAGGAAAGCGGGGAGGAGUGGAGGAGAAUGUGGUUCGCUCGGCGGCGCCACCGCGGGCACCUGGAGGAAGCCGUGGGAGAGAGCAUCGUUCGCCAGAGACGCAGCGGCACUGGGAGGGGCGACGGGAAGAAGGAUCACGCUCACCGCACGAGCAGCAGCAGUGGGGGGCAGGGCACAGAGGGGUGUCGCGGUCGCCCGACCAGCGCCGUUGGCGAGAAGGAAGGCGGGAGGAAGCAGACCGCACGCAGCCAGGCGCACGGCAGCAGGGCAAGGGCAGGGAGGAAUGGUCGCCAACCCCAGCGAGACGUCAGCCGCGUGAAGCCGGCCACCGGGAAUGGGAGCAGAGUCAUUAUUCACCGGCGCGGCGAUGGUAG